UCAAAACAAAUGAUAUCAUCGUGUUUGUCAUUUGUACACAAUUCAUAAGAUUUAAAUUGGCAAUUAAUUAAUUGUUUUUGAAUUUAUUGUUCUGUUAAAAAAUGCCUUUGAUAUUGAUGGUUGGCCUACCGAGUAGUGGUAAGACCACAAGAGCUCGUGAAAUUCAAAAAUACUUUACUGAGGAACAGCACAAAGAAGUUAUCUUGAUAUCUGAUAAUGAAAUAAUUUCAGAAAUGAAUAUGGACAAAAAUGUUUUGUAUUUAGAAAUGAAGAAAGAAAAAGAUCUCCGGUCAAAAUUGCAUUCUGAUGCCUUGAAGAGCUUAACCAAAGAAAAUGUUGUAAUAUUAGAUUCUGGAAAUUUUAUUAAAGGAUUUAGAUAUGAACUGUAUUGUUCUUCUAAAAGUUUGAGUACACCAAAGUGCUUAGUUGUAUGUGAUAUAUCAACUGAAAAAGCUUGGGAACUAAAUGAAAAUAGACCUGAACAAGAAAAAUAUGUUAGAAAAACAUUUAAUGAUCUUGUUAUGAGAUACGAAGAACCAAAUCAUUCAAACAGAUGGGAUUCACCAUUGAUAAAUUUACAAUUGGAUGACACUUUGCCUGCUGAAGACAUUCGAAAAGCAAUUUUUGAAGUCGCUGCUCCGAUACCAAAUCAAUCAACCAUAAAUGCACCAUUGAAUUCGAGUUCAUAUUUGUAUGAUUUAGAUCAAAAAACACAAGAAGUAAUUAACUCAAUUAUACAGUUGAAAAAACAAGGCGUGGAAGGAGAAAAUAUUGAAUUAGUAAAUUACGAAGGAAAAUACCUUAAUAAGUUGGACAAAAGCAUCUCAUUAGUGCAACUUGCUAAGUCUAGGAAACAGUUUUUAUCGUAUGCUAAAAGCCACGUUUCAGUUGCAAAUGACCAAUCAAAUAUUGUUAACAUGUUUAUACAAUUUCUGAAUAACACUAUUACUUGUUGAAAAACGUUA